AUGGGCUCGCUGUCCCAGCGCCUGCAGCGCCUCCUGGAGCGGCCCGGGCCGCUCGCCGACCUCUUGGGCCGCCUCGAGACGCGCACGGGCGUGCGACGCCUCUACCUGGCCUCAGGCUCCAUCGCCUUCCUGGGGCUGUACCUGGCAUUUGGCUACGGCGCCGCACUGCUCUGUAACCUCAUCGGCUUCGUCUACCCCGCGUAUGUCUCCAUCAAGGCCAUCGAGAGCUCAAGCAAGGAGGACGACACCACGUGGCUCACGUACUGGGUGGUCUACGGUGUCUUCAGCGUUGCUGAGUUCUUCUCUGACACCUUCCUCUACUGGUUCCCCUUCUACUACGCAGGGAAGUGCGUGUUCCUGCUGUGGUGCAUGGCGCCUGGGCGCUGCAGCGGCGCCCAGCUGCUCUACCAGCGCCUCAUCCGGCCCUGCUUCCUCAAGCACCACCACGCGCUCGACGCCGCGCUCGGGGCCCUGGGCACCCGCGUGCUUGAUGCUGCUGCGCUUGUCACCCGCGAAGCCGCUGCCGAGCGGGACCCGGCCCCGGAACCGCCGCGGGACGAGUAA